AUGUUAUGCCCACGGGCCAGCCAAUCGAUUUCGUGGAUAAAUUUUGUCUACCUAGGCAGUUGUAUAAGUUCCGGUUUGCUGGGUAGAGAGGAAAUUAGUUUUCGAAUCGAGGAGACAAGUACAGCUUUCGCUAGUCUCGGACACUUAUGGCGCCGACGUGGUGUCAGUUCUUUCAAGUUGCGCGACUUCAUAUGUUUCGAUCGAUAUUCACAAAGAGCAGCUGAUGAAUCUCGGGCACAUAAAUUGAAGAGUGCCUACUGGACAACGAAACAGGCGAUGAUAAAAAAGUUUGGUCGAAAACAAGAUGAGAAUAUCGUCGCAUCCGACUCCGAUCUGGAUGCAAAGUUAGAGCUCCUCAAGUCCAUACAAGCAACAUGCCGUGAUCUAGCUCGCCUGCUGACUCGAUACCAAGAGACAAUUUGCUUUCUAUCUCAGGCGGAGAAUGAAAUGGGACGUUUCUUGAAACGAUACAGUAUGGAAGACAAGACUCAGGCCGGAAAAAUCAUGUCAGCCGCUGGCAAGUCUCUCAGUCAUUCAGCACAGCAAAGGUUGCAAUUACGCACCCCUCUUGAUCGAGUGUUCCAAGAGGUCAAAACAUUCCGGCAGCGGGCCAUCGCUGACACGAUAGGGACUUUGAAGCGAAUGGAAGCUGCUCGUACAGAGUAUCGAGGUGCAUUACUGUGGAUGAAGAACGUGAGCGAAGAACUGGAUCCAGACACAUACAAACAGUUGGAAAAAUUUCGCUGUGUGCAGGCUCAGGUUCGCAAGACCAAAUCCACCUUCGAUCGGCUAAAGAUUGACAGUAUGCAGAAAAUUGACUUACUCUCUGCUAGCCGCUGCAAUAUGCUCAGUCACGCGCUGGUCGGCUAUCAGAACAGUAUGCUGACCUUUUUGGAGAAAACAUCGGGUGCAAUGGUUGCAGUGGCGGAACGCUUCAAAGGCUAUCAGUACUAUGAAUUCUCGGUGCUCAAGGAACUCAGACCAGAAAGUAAAAGGUUGGCUGGUGUGGAUGACGGAGAUAACGCUGCCGAUGACAGUAUUCAAAGUUCUGAUGAGCGGAUAUCUGAUCAUAGCAGUGGGAGCGGAGUUGGAUAUCCGCACACACCACCCGGUCUAAUGGGUGAUCACCACAGCGGCGGCUAUAGAUCGUUGACCACAAACGACCUGUUGGACUCGUCCCCACCACCACGUGAUGGUGUCGGCCCGCAGUCCCGUUCUAGGAACCAGGACAUGCAGAAGGAGGGACCGACAGAAGAGGAGUUGGACAGACGCUUGGAUGAAAUUUUUCAAGCUGAUAACUUUGAUGAUGCGAAGCUCGAAGAUAUUGGAUUGUUCGGGUCUGACACAACCGAAACUCUUGCUCACGGUUCUCGAGAACUCAUCAGUCGUUCUGUCGGUGGUGUGCCUGAGGAACAUCGAGAUUUCCUCACAGAUCUCUUCUCCACUGACGACAAUGCACUGCCAAGUCUUGCUUCGGAAUCCGGAAUUAGUUCGACGAAAACCGAGGCCCAACCUACAGAUUCACAAACCGUUGGUGCUAGUGAAUUUAAAGCGGAAUGGAAAUCCGUUUUUGCGUUCAACUCGGAACCAGCUCAACCUACUCAGUCCGGGUUUUCAGAGGAUGAUCCUUGGAGUGAGUUUCAAAGGAGUGCGUCGUCGGCACUUCCCUCACAUCUGUUAGACAGGCGCGAGGAUAGUGCAGGUUCAAUGUUCAGUUCAACUGCCUCUUCCGGUAUGCCGCAGCAUGAGGCGGGUUCUUCGGCCACCCCUUCUGAACAACCUGUCAUGCAGUCCGAACGUUCAAAACAGCAGCCCUCCAGCCUGGACUCAUGGAUGCGUUUGUUCUCUGACCUCGGGCAACUUGGCAAUCCUGAUGCAAUCAGCAAAAAGGAAGGUCAAAUAUCGGACGCCUAACCCCCCGACCUCUGUUUUUGGGUCCCCCGACCCCGUGAUACAGACUCCCCCGAUCGUGAUCUACUUGUUACUCUCUUUCAUCUUACUUUGUUGUCUCCUCGGUUGUUGGUCUCCUUGUAGUUGCCGUUUUCCCCCCUGUGACUCACAGCAACUUGUCUACCACAGUUGAUACACAGUUUUCCAGGUGUGAG